AUGGCGAAACAGUAUGCUCGGUUGUAUAUCAGGGAAAUAGUCAGGUUUCGUGGCGCUUCAGUUUCUAUCGUCUCUUAUUGGGGGCACAGUUCACUACUAAUUUUGGAGGAUAUUUCAGUAAGGUUAUUAAAGGUUAAGAUCAUUAAGGAACGGUUGAAAACUGCCCAAAGUCGUCAGAAGUCCUAUUCGGAUGUACGUCGUAGGGAUUUGGAGUUCAAAGAGGAUGAUUGGGUAUUCUUGAAGGUUUUCCCCAUGAAGAGUAUAAUUCGGUUUAGGAAGAAAGGGAAAUUGAGUCCCAGAUAUGUCGGGCCAUAUAGAAAGGUGGUUGGAGACCCGUCGCUUAUUGUUCCGGUUGAGACUAUUGAGGUUAAUGAAGAACUGACUUAUGAAAAGAUUCCAGUUGCCAUUCUUGAUAGGCAAGUCCGAAAGCUGAGAAAUAAAGAGAUUGCCUCUGUGAAAGUCAUAUGGCGAAACCAACAGGUUGAAGAGACCACUUGGGAGGCCGAGGAAGAGAUGAAGAAGAAAUAUCCUCAUUUGUUUAAAUAA